UCAUUAAUUCCCACUUUGCUCCCACACCUUCCCUGCUCCCUGGAGGCAAGCUGUGCUCCUUGCACUCGUUUUAUUUACCACCUGCAGCAGAGCCGUGGAAGAGUGAAUUUGGUGAUGUGUAAGCAUGGAGGUGCCCCAUUGCAGUGCACUGAACUCACACCCAGUGCUUCUGCUCUGCAGCCUCCCUGGGUUUGCAAGGAGCCGGGCUGCAGGCGAUAAGCACGCAGAGCAGCCUGUCCUGGGCUGAUAAAUCCUCUCCUGCCUGAAUUCGGUGCAAAUCAACCUUACAUAGAAACGUUCUGCACGUCUGGCUGGAAAUUCUGGCCAGGUGGGUGGGUGGGUGAUGUGAGUGUGUGUGUGUGUGUGUGUGUGUGUGUGUGUGUGUGUGUGUACCCCUGCCUGCAAAGCACUGCUGCCCCGAUGUGCUGUGAGCACCCACGUGCCGAGCAUAAAGCUGCCUUUGUUCAGAGCUGUGCAAAAACACGACGUCUGCGGUUGUUGGCACGGAUCAUUCCUGGUCCAAGCUUUAUAAAUAAGAGGUUUGUGGCUGCGGCUUCCUAGCGAGGAUGAGGAGUCUGGGUCCUGAGUGCUGGCGUGGAUAAGAGUUCUUAUUUCCAGCACUAAAUUAAGCAAGUGCUGCUCAGAAUGGGAACCGAAGUGCCUGCUGUUAACUGGAAGAAUGUGGAGAAAAGGAACAAACAGCCUAAAGCUGGGGGAAUGUCUGCAUGCUGUGCGUGUGCAGGGCAUCCCAUCAACAGCAGCAGGUCAGGAUGUCGAUCCUUCCAGUCCUGCUGAACAUGCAGGGCUGGGGAGCAAUGUUUGCUGUGAGCUAACUGGGAAAAUCAGCUGCCUGCAAAGUGCUGCAUGACCUGAGCUGGGUGAAGUCAUUGGGUUUGGUUAAGCAAAGGGCGCUGCGUGCUUCUGGGGUUGCUAAUGCCCCAGGAAACAACCACUGGUUCAUCUUUCUGCUUUAAAUCGCACUUGAGUUGAAUUGCACUCGGCGUGGACGAGCCCUGCUGUCUGCAGGAUGGAUUUCCAAUUCAUUGCCACACCGAGGGGAUGCUGCCAGCUGCCCCAAGCUGUCACCUGCAGCCCCGCCGGCCCCAUUGCAGCUGCUGAGCAUCACUGCUUUCCCCUCCAUCCCAAGCUGCCAACCGUGCCCUGUUCUCACCCAAUGCGUGGAGCCGCACCAUUUAUCGCUACCCAGAGCUUUCUGCCUCCGCUCUCACCUGCAAUUUCUCUGCCUCGGGCGAUGCUUAAAAAGGACCCGGCGCUGAAGGGUUAUUUAACAGCCUGGUGAGUCACCUCUAGGGAGGGAGCCCGGAAUUCUUGCAAGCUCCGAGCGCUCGGCAUGAGUUACACUAGCCCAGAGUUCAAGGUUAGAGAAAGAUUAACAAGGGACUGCAUUUCUCUGCUCUGCUUUUGGGGUAGUUUUAAUUCCACCCCAUCCACAAAACCCCGCUGCAGAGACCCGUUGUGUAACAGCAGAAAAUCCGGAGGUUUUCCUGCUGAUUUUGUGUGUUUUUUUUCUUUUCCCCCUUCAUUGAAUUUUUCUCCCCAAAACGAUCCGGAAUUCCCCGUUUUCCGGCUCAGUGGCGAUGAUGGGUUCAUUCUGCACUGCUCUGCUCUGUUCUCCCUACAACCCCAUCCUCCAUAUCAAAGAACCUCAGUGAGAAGAUGCUGAGCAAAGCCCUCAUCUCUCCCGAGAGCUUCAAGAACAGAAGUUUGGGCACGAAAAUCCUUUAUAUAUGUAUUAAAAAAAAAGUCUAACAAAUCAAUAAUAAAAGCGUGUGAAACGCGAGCCAGGUUCAACUUUCCCUCUCUUAGUGAUUCUGCAGCGAAACUUGCUGCGGUUUCUCGAUACGUGAAUUUGUGGCGGUGCCUGGAGGUCGUGGCCAGCCCUCUUCUUCCUCCUCCUCCUCCUCCUCCUCCUCCUCGUCCUCCUCCUCCUCCCUACGUCACCAACGAUCCCGGCAGUUGCUCACAUUGCUUCACUUCGCUCCGCUCGGCGAAGCUGUCAGCUCGUGGAAUUCACUGGUGGUUCGGACCAGGUCCCGUUUCGGACCAAACCCCGUCUUCACUCGAUCCGAAUCCGGAUCCCAGCCCGGGAGCGGCGCGCCUCUCACCGCGCACGAUGCGCUCAGCUGCGCUCCGCUUGUGCCCCGUCCUGCUGCUACUGUUGGCGAAGGUUCAUUUGGGAUCUGCUGCGGCAGUGAAGAAGCGGGCAGGCGAGUCAGAUGUCCUGGAACCAGACCUCUACAGCAAAAAGUGUCCUAUGGGCACCUAUUUGGCAAAUGACUCCUCCAAGUGCCUCCCAUGUAAGAAAGAUGAGUACACCGAGUAUCCAAACGACUUCCCCAAGUGCCUGGGCUGCCGGACGUGUAGGGAAGACCAGGUGGAGGUGAGUCCCUGCAUCCCCACCAGGAACACGCAGUGCGCCUGCAAGAACGGCACCUUCUGCUUACCUGACCACCCCUGUGAGAUGUGCCAAAAGUGCCAAACCCGGUGCCCCAAAGGACAAAUGAGGAUAGCUCCAUGCACGCAGCACAGCGACCUGCAGUGCGGUCCUCCCUUGGACAUCUCCUUCAGCUUCUCCACAGGCAUCAUUACCAUCAUCGUGCUGGUUGUGGGCCUGGUGUUCCUGCUGGUGUUCUUAUGCUUGUGCUGCAGACACUACGGUGCAGGGGGUGGCGGAGAUCUGUGCAGGAAGCCCAGCGCCGUGGUGGUGAGUUGUGCUGGGCUUUGCUCUGCUUGCUCCCUGCAUUGCUUGCAUGGGAAUGCUGUAGUGAGGGGGGGGUGGUUCACCUGCAGCCCCCGCUGCCAGGAUGGGGGGCUCCAGCUUGGCUGCUCUGCGUUUCUCUUCCAGCAGAACAGACUGUUGCAGAGGAUGGGGAUUCAGGACAACAACUGCAAUGAGCAGAUCUACCUGAACCAGCAGCAGCAGCAGCAGCUGCUCGCCGCAGCGCAGGGCUCAGAGGUUCCCCGUGGUGUGGAGAUGGAGGAGGUGGCACCAAGAACUUCAGAUCCCAACGUGGAAACCCAGAAGAAGCUGGUUCCAGUGCCAGGAAAGGACCCCCUAAGCGUUUUGUCUUCCUCUUUCAACACCUUUGUCGAGUUUGUGCCCUUCCCUGAAUGGAGGAGAUUCGGCCGAACCCUCGGUCUGCGGGAAAACAACCUUUAUCAGGCAGAGCAGAACGACAGAGGCUCAGGGGAGCCCUUAUAUCAGAUGCUCAACAUGUGGCUCAACAAAGAAGGCAGCAAAGCCUCCGUGAAUACACUGCUGGAGACCCUGUCCCAGAUCAACCUCAGCGGCGUGGCAGACCUAAUUGCCUCCGAACUGGUUAGGAAUGGAUAUUUCCAGUAUGAAGUGAGCUGA